GCUAAAGAAAUACUGAGCCCCGGGGAGUCUCCUAACAACUCUACAUCCAGUACCACAGUGACAGUGACGGUAAUAGAUGUGGACGAUAAUGUCCCCACCUUCAAUCAGUCUUAUUACGAGGCGUACGUGGAGGAAGACGUGUCAAGCAUUCCCCUGACCAUCGUGGGGUCCGUCGGCAUAGAUGUUUUUGAUCUAGAUCAGGGAUCGAACAGUGAGUUCAGCCUAACAGUUAAUUAUGCAAAUGGAACGAAUUGUGUUGGUGUUGAAGCCACACCCUCGAGUAUUAUCUCCCGAGCUACCUUCUUACUGAGACUCGUUAACGGUUAUAGAUUUGACUACGAAACAGAGCAGAGCGUUGGACUGCGUGUCGUAGCCAGGGGGAAGGUUAACAGUAGCAUGUCUGCUACAUGUACAGUAACUGUGAAUAUCAGCAAUACAAACGACAAUGAUCCAACGUUCAAUCAGACCGAUUACACCGCCACCAUCCCAGAAAAUCCGGAAACUGGAACGUCAGUUACCGUUAUUACGGCGGAAGACAAGGACCUUGGAGAAUACGGGGAAUUGAAUUAUACACUCAAGGGCUCUUCUCUAUUUGAUAUCAAUCACGAACACGGUACGAUUUACACGACCGGAAAUCCUCACGACCUUGACAGAGAGACUCGCGACACGUAUUAUCUGACGGUGGUAGCUACUGACGGAGGAGACAAGAGGGCGGUGGUCUCAUUAACAGUUACUCUCUCCGACGUUAACGACAAUAGACCUGAAUUUCUAUAUGAUACAGUGGAGAUGUCGAUUAACGAAAAUACGAAGAAAUUUACGCCAAAUAUACUGAUCAAGGCAAAUGACGCCGAUGAGAGCGGUACAAAUAAUAGUGAUGUGUGGUACAAACUACACAUACCAGACACAAAUCUUCAGAGUAAUUUUACUAUCAACGACAUCACUGGCGAGCUUAUCGCUGAAUAUCCUCUCGACUAUGAAAACCUCACACCUCCGUCAGAAGAUGGACAGAUACAACUGAUCGUCAUCGCAGAAGACCGGGGGAUACCGCCUCUAUACAGUAACAUAACUGUUACAAUCAACGUCCAUGAUGAAAAUGAUAAUACCCCGAAGUUUGUACAGAAUACCUAUGCUGCAAGUAUACCUGAAAACUCAUUACAAG